AUGACUGCUGCAUAUGUAAUAUUAGCAUCUAGAAUUGGAGCAGUAGUAGGAGCAGGAGUAGAAGCAGCAGCAGUACCAGUACCAAUAGCAGUAGUAGGAGCAGUAGCAGUAGCAGGAGUAGGAGAAGUAAUAGUAGCUGGAGCAGGAGCAGCAGCAGCAUUAUCAAGAGUAGGAGCAGCAGCAGUAGUUGCUGCAGCAGUAGUUGCUGCAGCAGUAGCUGCAGUAGUAGUACUAGUAGCAGUAGCAAUAGCAGGAGCAAGAGCUGCAGCAGCAACAGCAGUAGUAGCGGUAGCCGCAGCAGUUACAGCAUUAGUAGUAGCAGAAGCAACAACAGCAGCAGUAGCUCCUGGUCCUACUCCUGCUAUUGCUCAUGCUGCUGUUGCUCCUGCUGCAGCUAGUGCUGGUGCUGGUGUUGCUGCUAAUGCUAAUGCUACUUCUUCUCCAGCUACUGUUGUUGCUGCUACUCCUACUCCUGCUGCUACUCCUGCUGCUACUGGUGCUGUUGUUGCUACUAAUUUUACAGCUCCUGCUUCUACUAUUGCAGCUGGUGCUACUGCUUUUGCUCCUGCUGCUACUCCUCAUACUGCUGCUGCUCCUACUGCUGCUAGUGUGGUUGCUGCUCCUUCUACUGCUGUUGUUACUACUGCUACUUCUACUUCUACUGCUGCUGCUACUGAUGUUGUUGUCGAUGUUGCUGCUGCUGCUGCUGCUACUGCUCCUACUGCUUCUCCUACUAGUUCUGCUAUUGCUCUUGCACUUGAUAUUGCUGCUGCUACUCCUACUCCAGCUACUGUACGUUCAUAUAUUCCUGGUAUUUUUAGUUUAUAA